AUGGAGGCGCUACUGCACCAGAUCGUGCUGGAAGAGCAGCAGAAAAUGGUCCAAUUGGGCUUCGUGGAGACGUGCAUUCCGUCGCCUGACAGCGCCGCACGUUGCAGCGUCUUUAUGAGUGCGAACUGGCACAUCUGCCGUCGCUUACUGCUCGUUAUCGUGAGUGGCAAUGGCAUCCAACCGGGUAUUUGGAGCCGUUCGCUCGUCCUGGAAGCCACGGAGAACCCGAACCAGUAUCGCUCGGGCUCUAUGCUUCCGUAUCUGCACACUGCGCUGUCUAAAGGCUACGGCGUCGUGGUCAUGAACCCUAGUACCAAUACCGUGAGUGUCGGUAGCGAAAAGAUCCCUAUUCCGUACUCCAGCACACCCGAACUACACGUCCGCUACGUAUGGGAGGCGUACGGCGUUCGAGCGUCAUGUUCACAAGUCUACAUCGCUGCGUAUGGACGUGGAGGCUCCUUAACCAAGCACUUGGUCUGCACACAGCCGCUUCUACGCUCCAAACUGGCAGCUAUCGCCUUCAUCGAGUCGAGUCAUCGAGUGGAAGCCGAUGAUACGCAGGAAGUAAGAGGCUUACUCGGUACUCGAGCCAUCAACUGGCAGCGAUCCAAGGAGAGUCCAGGGACGCAGCUACAGGACUGCACUCAGCUGGGUUGUCUCAGUCUCUCGGCUGGCGAACCCACGUCUCCAGCCGAACAAAAGUCCUCCAACACCGCGUGGACUAUCGCAGCCAGUAUGGACACCGUGUUCGCCUUCUUCGACAGUGCACGCGGCUCCAUGCCCGACAAAGUGGCAGAGGACGAGCUGAUGGACGAAAUGAGCCGACUGUCCCAGUACGCGUACGCUGGAGCCGCUGCCAUGUCGUCGGCGCCACACCAACAAGAACACUUAGAGGACGCCGAGUUCCACGUCGAGGAAGACGUGGGCAACCACCUCGGAAGACGAAGCAAUAGUGCACGCAGUUCUCGACGCAGUAUGGUCAUCUCCACGUCCAUGAGCGUCAACGACUUCGACUUGCUGUCUGUAGUCGGUAAAGGAGCGUACGGGAAAGUGUUUCUGGCUAAGAAGAAGCACGGGAAGAAUGCUGGACGCGUGUAUGCGAUGAAAGUAUUACGCAAGCAAGACGUGUUCAAGAAGAAACAAGUGGAGCACACCAAGUCGGAGCAGCGGAUCCUCAAGCACGUGGAACAUCCGUUCGUGGUGCGUCUACGGUACGCGUUCCAGAACCACCAGAAAUUGUAUCUGGUCAUGGAUUAUUACUCGGGAGGAUCGCUCUUUGUGCACUUGAGGAAGGAGAAGCGCUUCACGGAGCAACGCGCGUGUUUCUACGCGGCCGAGUUGGUGUUGUCACUGGCUCAUUUGCACAAUAUGCACAUCAUGUAUCGAGACUUGAAGCUGGAGAAUAUCCUCAUGGAUAGCGACGGACACGUUGCUAUCACAGACUUCGGAUUAUCCAAAGAGGACGACGAAGGCUCGACGUUUGUGGGGACGCCCGAGUACUUGGCACCGGAACUUCUGUGCAGUCAGAGGACAGCGACGUCAUACGGCAACACGAUCGACUGGUGGAGCUACGGAGUGUUGGUGUACGAGAUGAUCCAAGGCCACACGCCCUUCUGGGACAAGAAUCGACGUCAAAUGUUCCAGAAUAUAUUGAGUAAGGAACCGAUAUACCCCUCGGAGCACUUUUCGCCUACUGCGACCGAUUUCCUGCGACGGUUGCUGGUUAAGAACCCUCGACAACGCUUGGGAUGUGGCGCUGACGGCGCGAGGGAGAUUAUGGGGCACCCGUGGUUCGAGGGAGUGGACUGGGACGCGCUACUUAAUCGACGAGUGGAGCCUCCGUUCAGACCCGUAGCGAAAGAUAUCCACGGCAGUCGAGCGCGUACGAGCAGUGCAGCACUGAACGCGAACUUGCAGUAUGUUCCCAACAUCUUCAAGCAACAGGAAGUGGCGGAUUCUCCGGUUAUCAGUGUGCUGGGCUCGUCCACGGGCUCGGGGAUCAUGGCCAUGCACUUCGAUGACUUUAGCUACAUGGGCAGCGACAUUAUUGGCUCGAGACGCACCUCGGUCUUCCGAGACAGCGACAUUAAAAUGGAGUUGGGCGAGUAG